UUAAUUUGAGAAGCUUAUUUGGAAUCUGCAGUCAACAGUUCGAUACGUUAUGGCUAGUUAUAUCCUCAACAUGUUUGACAAAGAGAGAAGAAUCAAUUUUUGCCGUUUGAACAGUCAAUUGGACAAAUUUGAUUGGCGUAAAAAAAUUUGUGGUGACGAAGCUCGUUUCACUUUUGAUAGCCAGGGUAUUGUUUCUCAGUACUUUGGACCAUCCAGCCGUAACGUGGAGCGACAAGUUUUUGUUUGGGCAUGCCUCUCGGUUCAAGGACCUCGCAUGAUUCGACUGAUUGAAGAAAAAUUUGACACUCGCAUGUAUAUCGCUUUGCUGCAACGUGACGUGCUGCCACAUGUUUCUCGCCAGUCUUGUUUCAUACAAGAUCACUUCCCUGUCCACGUCGCUUCAGCUGUUAAGACCUGGAUGAAGGAAAAUGAUUUCCAUUUAUUUCCCUCUUGGCCCGAAAAGUCAGGCGAUAUCAUGCCUCUAAACUCUGUUUUUUCAAGAGUAGUAAUGGAUGUUAACAAGCAACAUCAACCGAUUCAUUCGAAAGAAAUGUUAUGGGCCGAAAUUGAACGCUACUUUUCGUUACUGUCAACCGAUGAUGCAUACGUAACGGAUAUUUUUGACUCAAUGCCUGUAAAUAUGAAAAGAGUUGUGGUCAAUAAUGGGGAACUUUUGGAAUAAAAGUUAUUACAAAUCCGAAA